CUCCUGGUUUCAUUCAUUUCCUUCUCAGACUUGUUUGUUCCCCUGUCCUUUUCAAUUCUAAACUAUCAUCAUCAUCAUUCAGAAACCAAACCACUUGAAUUACCGUUACUUUUCAAAAGUUUCAAUAAAUUAAUAUUAUAAAUAAAUAAAAAACCCACCACUGUCUUCAGAAAAAGAAAACCAAAAAAGGGGACCAUUUUUUCAACUGGGUCUGAGAGGAUUGUGAGGAAUUGCGCAAAUAUAUUGUUAUUGUUAUUGUUAUCGUUAUCAUUAUAAAAAGGGGUUUGGACGUAGAAUGAGAGCGGAUAGUAGGUGGGCUAAGAAGAUGGGAAGGAUUUCAAGGAUUGGGAGUUUUGCAAUUUCUUCUUCCAUUAACGAAAAUCAACAACAACCUUGCAUUACCUGCACCACUUUUAACAUUCUCGCUCCCAUAUACAAGCGCAUCAACGAUGAGGACCCGAGUUGCCGAGAGAGUGACUAUAGAGCGUAUUGGUUGGCCAGGAAUCAUAGGAUAUUGGAUUGGCUGUUACAUGAGAGGUCUUCCAUUAUCUGUCUUCAGGAGUUUUGGGUUGGAAACGAAGAGCUUGUUAAUUUGUAUGAGAAGAGACUUGGGGAUGCUGGUUAUGUUAGUUUCAAGCUUGGAAGGACUAACAACCGUGGGGAUGGUCUUCUGAUAGCAGUCCAAAAGGAAUACUUUAAUAUUCUUAAUUAUAAGGAGUUGCACUUCAAUGACUGUGGUGAUCGUGUAGCUCAGUUGUUACAUGUUGAACUAGCUUUUCCAUUUUCACAGUGGCGAAACGGUGAUAUUAGGCAGGAAAUUCUGAUUGUUAACACACACCUGCUAUUUCCUCAUGAUUCAACUCUAUCCCUUGUUCGGCUGCAGCAGGUCUACAAGAUACUUCAAUAUGUAGAAUCUUAUCAGAACGAUUUCCAACUCAAGCCCGCGCCAAUCAUGCUAUGCGGUGACUGGAAUGGAAGCAAACGUGGACAUGUUUACAAGUUCCUGAGGUCUCAGGGUUUUGUAUCAUCUUAUGAUACAGCACAUCAGUACACUGAUGCAGAUGCUGAUAAGUGGGUUAGCCACCGCAAUCAUCGGGGAAAUAUAUGUGCUGUUGAUUUUAUUUGGCUUCUAAAUCCUGACAAGUAUCGAAAACUACUGAAAGCAAGUUGGAGUGAAGCAGUAUUUGGCAUGUUCAAGUAUUUACUUCGCAGAGCUUCACUGACAGAAAGUGAUGCAUUUGCCUUUCUAAAGGCCGAUAAUGAAGAUUGUAUUACCUAUUCUGGUUUCUGUGAAGCACUUCGACAGCUGGAUUUAAUUGGUCAUUGCCAUGGGUUAAGUGAUGAAGAGACGAAGGACUUGUGGGUCCAAGCAGAUAUAGAUGGAAACGGUGUUCUUGAUUAUAAAGAAUUUCUGCAGCAAAUCUGGAAUUCAACAAACUAUGAUCAGAGAGAUGACAACAAGAAUGGGGAGCAGUACCAUGUUCAGGAGCAAACAAUUGGUUUUAGUGUAAAAAAUGCAGUUCUGUUUCCUCCAGAGGUGGAGAAAGGUAGAUGGCCUGAAGACUACUCCCUUUCUGAUCAUGCACGACUCACUGUAGUCUUCUCGCCAAUAAGAAUGCCAUGCUCCCAGAUGAUUUGCUAACCAUAGUUUUUAGAAUAAGACUUUCUGUACAUAAUUGUCACAGUAAAGAAUGGGUGAAGCAGUGGAACGGGUAAGGAAAGAUACAAGAGUUCUUUCCUGGGGAGAUUUUAAAACAAGCCCUGUGUUGUGAUUACUGCACCAUCAUUGGCCACUCUUGACAAGGCAUAGCACAAGCAAAACUCAAGCUAAUACCAUUCCAGCAUUCUCAUACAUAUUACUUGCAUUGCUGAUGACAUUUGCAGUAUAAGCAACACUCGUCAUCCAGUUUGUUUUCCCCUUUUAUUCUUCACUGGUGAAAGAAUAGAUAAAAGGAAACAAAAAAGAAGAAUGAUCUGUGUAUAUGUUGUAUAGGCUCUUAGGCAUUAAACCAUUUUGUAGCUUGGUGAGAUGCACCCUCUAGCUAGAGCUUCAUGUAAUAGAGGAGAGUUCAUACACAAUGUAUCUUGUAACAUUUUUCGCUCAGGAUAGAAUCGUGACAAAUUCAAAUUGUACAUAUG